UCGAGGGAUACCGAGGUGCCUUAGUGGCACUUGGAGAAAGAGUAACUUUAUUCUGGGCAGCAAUGGAGAGAGAGACCGCAGCAGCUGCCAUGCAAGCAGAGGCCUCACAGUUAAGACGGCGUAAGGAUGGAGAGGGUAGAGGAAGAGAAGAGGUGCGGAGAAAGCCUAAGAAGGAGAAGAGUAGCUUCAUGAGCAGAGUGUUUGGGUUUGAAUGGUCCGAUCUAUCUAGCUGGCAGCGCUUUGUGUGCCUCAUGAACCGGCCCACUGACCCAGCAGCCCUAGGAGUAUUCCGCUUUAUGUUUGGUUUUCUGAUGCUUCUGGAUAUCCCUCAGGAGCGAGGCCUCAGUUACCUGGACUACAAGUACAUUGAUGGACUGGAUGUGUGUCGCUUCCCAUUGUUUAACUCCUUGCGCCCUUUACCCCUGGACUGGAUGUACCUGACUUAUGUGAUCAUGUUCUUGGGCGCUCUGGGGAUCACCCUUGGUUGUUUGUACCGUCUCAGCUGCCUUCUCUUUCUCAUACCAUAUUGGUUUGUCUUUUUCCUGGACAAAACCACCUGGAAUAACCACUCUUACCUGUAUGGGCUGAUCGCCUUUCAAUUCACACUGAUCAAUGCCAACCGCUACUGGUCUAUUGAUGGUCUGUGGAACCCUCGUAAACGGAAUGCACACGUCCCACUAUGGAAUUACACUUUACUACGGACUCAGGUCUUCAUUGUAUAUUUUAUUGCUGGCAUUAAGAAGCUGGAUGCUGAUUGGGUAGAAGGUUACUCUAUGGGAUCUCUAUCACGCCAUUGGAUAUUUGACCCUUUCAAGCUGUUCCUGUCGGAGGAGAUGACCAACCUUAUAAUUAUACACUGGGGAGGUCUGAUAAUAGAUCUGACUGCAGGCUACCUUUUGUUCUUUGAUGCUACUCGCCCUGUGGCUUUGUUCUUUGUUUCGCAGUUUCACUGCAUGAAUUCUCAGCUCUUCAGUAUUGGUAUGUUCUCCUACACAAUGUUAGCUACCAGUACUCUCUUCUGUUACCCUGACUGGCCGCGACGUCUAGUGACCAAACUACCCAGCUGCUUGCAUAGGUUGCUGCCCGCUACAAAGCCGCCUCAGUUAAGCACUGAUUGUUUGUACUCUGGACAAAAGGGAAAGACAUCUGCACAACCAAGACUGAGACAUAAACUUGGAGUUGUCUUUACUAUUGUCUAUAUAUUAGAACAGCUAUUUUUACCAUAUUCACACUUCAUAACUCAGGGCUACAAUAACUGGACAAAUGGCCUGUAUGGGUACUCUUGGGACAUGAUGGUUCACUCCCGCUCGCAUCAGCAUUUGAAGAUCACCUACAAAGAUGGGAUUACUGGUGAAAUUGGAUACUUGAACCCUGGGGUUUUCACACAAACUCGGCGCUGGAAGGAUCAUGCGGACAUGUUGAAGCAAUAUGCACUUUGUUUGGAAGGCUUACUUGGCGCAUAUAAUAUAUCUAAACCAGAAAUCUACUUUGAUAUAUGGGUGUCUAUCAAUGACCGCUUCCAACAGAGGUUGUUUGACCCAACCGUGGACAUUGUAAAAGCAGACUGGUCGCCAUUCCGUAAAACACCCUGGGUGAAGCCACUACUGGUGGACCUUUCACCUUGGAGGGCAAAGUUUCAGGAAGUAGGGAACUCCAUUGACAAUCAGACAGAUGUUGUUUUUAUUGCAGACUUUCCAGAACUGCACCUAGAGAAUUUUGUGAGUGAGGAUCUUGGUAAUACCAGCAUUCAUAUCCUACAGGGAGAAGUCAACGUGGAGAUUGUAAAGGAGGCAAAAAACUUCUCACUGAAAGAAGGAGACCACAUGCAGCUGCCAGCUGGUGAGUACCACAAGGUUUUCACAGUGUCGUCCAGCCCAUCAUGUUACAUGUACCUCUAUGUGAACACCACCGCAGUGACCCUGGAACAAAACCUUACACGACUGCAGGAGUUGAAGGAGAAGGUGGAAAAUGGAACUGAGACCUCCCCACUACCCCUAGAACUGCAGCCCCUCAUAUCUGGCAAUGUAGAUGACCUGAACAUCACAGACCCUCUGGUUAUUACUUACUUGCGCAGACAGAAGCGGGUGGCAGAGGCUGAGAGGAGGCGCAAUGCAACUAUUAUACAGCGACUUGAGCAUUUCUGCCUUAAAAAGUACUAUCUUCUACGACGGAGUUUUCUUAUGACUACCAUUUCUCUCCGGAACCUAAUCCUUGGUCGCCCAUCCCUGGAGCAGUUAGCUAAAGAAGUAGCAUUUGCAAAGAUUACGUAUAAUGAUAUAACAAGAAAAGAGGAAAAGGAGCCAGAGCAUGUAGAAUAGACACUGUAGCAGAAACCCAUUGAGUACAAAAAUACUGUAUUCCUCAACAUGCAGAUUACAGUAUAUUUAAUUGUAUGUUUCUAAGAGAAUGUGAAGUUUUGUAGAUGGAAAUAGUUAUCGAUAGCUUAGUUUUUCUUCAAUUCAUAAUUUUUGUAGAUAUGCCUACCCGUGUAUUAUCAAAACAUAGUAUUACAGGGGGUAUACACUCUCCCGAGAAAUCUUAUUUAUACAAAGAAGGAAGAUUCAAACACAAGUCUAUCUCCACACUAGUAGAAAGUGUGUUUAUCCUGACCAAACUGCUUUACUACAUAUGUUGCACUACAAUGAUUUAUUCUCAAUUUAUGCCAUUAACAGAACAGUUUUUUUUAUACAGCUUUGUAAUAAAAGUUUAUUGGUACA